AAUCGUUUUAUAAUUUUUAAAUUUUAUUCACUUUUCCAAAUAUUAUUUGGUUUAUUUGUUUAAAUUUCAGUUUCCAUGUUUAUGUUAAUUAAACCUAACAGUGAUGCGGAUCACACAUUACACAGCUGUCUUUACAUGCUAGUAAAAUGGUGGUCCAGAUUUUAUGCUUUGCUAAUUUAUGGCUUAGCUCCAUGAUAUUGUAGGUCUGUUAACAUUACUUUAAGGAAAUAACAACAAAAACAGUUGUCAAAUAUGAUCUUAAAUGUUAGUAAAAUAACGUAUAUAAAGGCACUUGUUACACUAGUUAAUCAAACCAAUCGAUACACCAAUUCAGUUCAGUGUAGCCUCCUGAUAUCCUCAGUUAUCAGCAGAUUUGAGAAAUACCUGAAAGUUUCAAGAUGAAGUUCCUUUUCGUGGUCGCCCUUAUUGCCUUGGCCAUUCAGGUGGCCUAUUCUGCCUCUACAACAACAACUACCACUGAUGCUACCACUACCACAACGACAACUACUUCUGCAACAACAACCACAACAGCCUCCUCCACCCACAAGAAGCGUUGUUGGAAGGGCAACAACUGGUGCCACACUCGCAUACCCAAGAGGAAGUGCAAGCACCCCAAAAGGUGCCACAAGACAGUCGUGAUAGUGACCAGAAGGAAGAACUGAAAAUCACCAACAAACUUUCAAUGACAAAAUAAAUAAAUAUCUACAAAAUA